AUGGCUCCUUCUUACCAUACUCGCUCUAACAGUUUUCCUUCCAGACCACACCCAAUUACUUCAGAAGUUGAUCAGCAUUUGAGCAGAUUAAGGGCUUCUCAAGCUACUUCUACAUCAUCAUCAUCAUCAAUAAGCCAUGGGAUAAAUGGCCUUCAAGAUUUGCAUGAUUGUGUUGAUAAGUUGCUUCAGUUAGCUUCGAUUCAACAAGCUUUAGCCCAAGACGAGAUGUUGAAUGGAUCUCUUAGACUCUUGGAUAUCUGUGGCAUUGCUAAGGAUUCCUUGGUACAAACCAAAGAAGCUGUACAAGGCCUUCAAUCAAUUUUCCGCAGAAGAAGAUGUUAUGAUAUUGAGCUUACAAGUGAGGUUAAGAAAUACUUGACCUCCAGGAAGACAGUAAAAAUGACCAUCCAAAAGGCCUUGAAGAAUUUGAAAGCCAUGAAAAACCAAAGAAUCUCUCCAAUCUGUGAGAAAGAUGAGUCAAACGCCACAAUUUGCAUAUUAAGAGAGGUUGAAGCAGUCACUUUCAAUGUGAUCGAAUCCUUCUUGUCCCUUAUCUCAGGGCCAAAGGUUCCAUCAAAGCUAAACAGCUGGUCAGUAGUUUCCAAGCUAAUCCACUCAAAAAAGGUAGCAGGUGAAGAAACAGACAUUAAUGAGUUUGAAAAGUUGGAUGCUGAAUUGUCUACCAUCAUCGCUCACAAGACAAGCAAAUCCGAUAACAUUCAAAACCAGCUUAAGGAAUUUGAGUCAAGCAUUCAAGAUUUUGAAGCUGGACUUGAGUCCUUGAGCAGGCGUCUGAUCAAAACUAGAGUCUCUCUUCUCAACAUCCUCUACAAUUAG